GUUCUAUUCUCUAGACCUAAACCCAAAGCUCUCAAUUUUUUCCUCUAAUCUAAAAACCCUGUCUCUAACCCGGUCUCCUCACUCACUCUUCCCCGAUCCCUCUCCUUCUCUCUCUCUCUCCUGCUCCCUCAACUACGACGGCGAGGGGAUAGACGAGGCUUCAACCACGGUGGAGGUCGACGGGGCUGACAGAGGCUCAGCGGGACUACCGGAGGCUCGACGACGUGGACUCGGAGACUCGUUGGUGCAGGUAAAGAUCUCUCUCUCUCUCUCGUUCUGUUGGUGGGUGAAAGAUUAAUAUUAAUAUAUAAUAAUAAUAUUACACGAUUCAACAAUGGCGGAGAUCACAUGCGAGUGCGACAAUGUCCCACCUUCUAAAUACCAGUGCCAAGCUCUACUUUGCCCCCAGAGCCCAUCUCUUUACCUCUUCUUCUAGCUUUGCUCGUAACCCUUUUCUCCGAAUCCCUUCUUCCAUUCCAAAGCCCCUUUCUCCUCUCAUUGCUAGGGUCUCUCUUUCUUCUAAAACUUCCAAUCCCACCAUGGGAGACUCUGCCGACGCUGGAAUGGACGCUGUCCAGAGACGCCUUAUGUUUGGGAUGAAUGCAUUCUAGUGGAUGAGAACGACCGGGUUGUUGGUCAUGAUACAAAAUAUAAUUGUCACUUGAUGGAAAAGAUUGAAAAGGAAAAUUUGCUGCACAGGGCUUUCAGUGUGUUUUUGUUCAACUCGAAAUACGAGUUGCUUCUUCAGUGAGUUUGGAGCAAAAGUUGUGCCUCCAAAGAGGAUAUUAAAGAUGUUGCCUGAGCUAUUUAACCAUCAAGAUAAAAAUGUUCGUGCAUCUUCUAAAGGACUUACUCUUGAGCUUUGUCGAUGGAUUGGAAAGGACCCUGUAAAAUCAAUAUUAUUUGAGAAAAUGAGGGAUACAAUGAAAAAAGAAUUGGAAGCCGAGCUGGUGAAUGUAACAGGGGCAGCUAGGCUAUGUCGCAAAAUAAGGUCUGAGCAAGAUAAGGAGCCAGAAAAGGAGGUUGUAUCUAAAGUUGUGGGUGCUGGCCCAUCUGAGGAAUCUACAUCUGAUGCUCCUCAGGAAAUAGAUGAGUAUGAGCUCGUUGAUCUUGUUGAUAUAUUGGCUCCUUUGGAGAAGUCUAGAUUUUGGGAUGGAGUGAAAGCAACCAAGUGGUCAGAACGGAAAGAGGCUGUUGCAGAGCUAACCAAGCUUGCUUCAACAAAAAGAAUAGCACUCGGUGAUUUCUCAGAAAUCUGUCGGACACUAAAAAAGCUCAUAACAGAUGUUAAUAUCGCUGUUGCACUCGAGGCAAUUCAAGCUAUUGGCAAUCUUGCUCGGGGUUUAAGAACUAAUUUCUCUGCAAGUUCACGCUUCCUAUUGCCAGUUUUGCUGGAAAAAUUGAAAGAGAAAAAAUCUGCCUCUACUGAGGCACUAAAUCAAAGUCUUCAGGUAAUGCAUACAGUUGGGUGCUUAAGUCUAGCUGACAUUGUGGAAGAUAUUAAGACAGCUGUAAAAAAUAAAGUUCCUCUUGUACGGUCAUCAACUCUUAACUGGGUAACAUUCUGUAUUGAAACAAGUAACAAGGGUGUUAUUUUAAAGGUGCACAAGGACUAUGUGCCUAUCCUUAUGGAGUUGGGUAAGCGGGGUCUUGGAUCCAGAAGGCAGUGCAUCUGGAGAUGUUGUUACAUCAGUUAAAAGCUGGUCUGUGUUUUUUGCAUAAUAAAAGAAAGGGAAGACAUAAAGCAUAGUAAGAAGAAUAGCAUUAGAAAAGGCUUCUCUAACUAUGGUUCGAGGGUCCGGUACUGGAUGAAGUACACCAACGGCUCAAUCCAUGGAUAUCUCAGAUUAAUCUUGGAAUAUACAUGCAAGACAGUAUCUCAGAACUGUCAGUGUUGGUUGACCGUUCAGUGGGGGGAUCCAGUUUAGUGGAUGGUCAGAUAGAGCUUAUGCUCCACAGGAGAUUACUUCAUGAUGAUUCAAGAGGAGUUGGUGAGGUGUUGAAUGAAACAGUUUGUCUUCAUGAUAAAUGCGAGGGUUUAAUUACCCAUUUUGCAAGGUCUGAUUCUAAUCUGGCUUGAGCCCUGGGUGAGCACGUUACAUUUUGGUACUAAUUAUUCUUAGCGAUUCUUUUUUAUUAAGACUCCUGUUUGGUCAGUAAUGAUAUGUAAUUAAAUCUCCUCUGCUGUAGGUUCAUGCGGCCAGAAACUGCACAGGGCAUAUUUGUUAACUUCAAAGACUUGUACUAUUACAAUGGGAACAAGCUUCCUUUUGCUGCUGCUCAAAUUGGCCAGGCUUUCAGAAAUGAGAAUCAAUCAUGGUUGGGUUCCCUUAUCAACACUAUAGUUGGAAAUUUGAAACUCUCAAUUUCAAAUAUUCAUAUCAGAUACGAGGACAGUGAAAGCAAUCCUGGUCACCCAUUUGCAGUAGGUGUGACCUUGGAGAAACUCUUAGCUUCCUUCUGAGUGGGUCCAGGUUUUUAGAUAUGGCAUUGGAGAAGGCAAACCUGCUGAUAGAAUUGUCAUACAACACACUUAUAUUCUAGAACCAAUUACAGGAAAUGCAAAGUAUAUUCUGGAUGAUGUCAUUCUCUGUUAAUCAAAGGAUGGAUACAAGGAUAUGUUAAAACUAGCUGAUAACUUUUCUGCCUUUAAUCAACGGUUAAAAUAUGCGCAUUUUCGUCCACAUGUUUCCGUGAAAUCUGAUCCUCGUUCUUGGUGGAAGUAUGCUUAUAGAGCUGUAUCUGACAAAGUGAAGAAGGGAAGAUUGAUUUAGGCAUUGGAUCUUCAUCAUUUGCAAAAUCACAGGGCCCGGAAUGACUCAUUGAUAGUGGAUGUUUGCCAGGGUCAAUAUAAGUAGACACUGGUUUGCCCAGCAUGUGGAAAGAUUUCAAUCACUUUUGAUCCCUUCAUGUAUUUGUCGUUGCCGCUACCUUCAACUGCAACUCGGCAAAUAACCGUGACUGUGUUUUACGGCGAUGGAAGUGGUCUUCCUAUGCUAUACACUGUUAGUUUGCUAAAGCAAGGUUGUUGUAAAGAUCUUAGUGAACAACUAAGUAAUGCUUGUUGCUUAAAUGCUGAUGAGAUUCUUCUGCUUGCAGAGGUUUAUGAACAUAAGAUUUUUCGAUAUUUGGAAAACCCCUCAGAGCUAUUGGCUCCAAUUAAGGAGGAUGACCACUUAUAGACUUUCUAAAAACGUCGUGGGAAGAUCCAGAGUUGAAAUAAUUCAUCGACCACAUGAAAAGUGCCCGUCAGACAGUGUUAAGGGUUGUCAGGGAAAGCUUAUCGGUACCCCUUUUGUUACUUAUUUAAAAGAGCCAUUUGUGGAGCCAAUGUUGAAGCCGCUGUUACUAGAUUGUUGUCACCUUUGAAGAGAACGAGUCCUUCAGUUAAGCUCCAGAAUGGUAAGGAAAAUGGAUUUGAAAAAGAGGUUAUUGAAGAACCAUCAAACAGCUACAAUUCUAAGAACCUGUCAAUGGAUGAUGCAGAAGUAGAGGAAAAAUCCAGCGAAGCGUUAUUUCUGUGUUGAAAGUAGUAAAUUUUAGACUCCUUGAAUACUUAAAGAAUAUUUUGUUGUUGAUGACAGUGUUGCAUGUUUUAAACUAAAUUGUGGAUUGUUACUUCAAUGUAGAAUGUUCUUACUUUUUGUUAUUUGAAAAUCAAGUUCAUUUGA